AUGGUACAAAGAGAUUCAUAGCAAUCCACAAAAAAUACCCUAUCAUGUUGCCACAAGGUUUUAUGAAAAUAAUUCCCAACAUCAAUCAGCGGAACUAGUUAAAUAUAAUACAAUUGAUUGGUUUGUGUCUCCAGCAGACCUCCGAGAAGAAAGAAGAGAAGAUAUCAAUGAGCGAAAACUGCAUGGAGAACUGUGGGGAAUUGCACAAAGCGCC